UGAUUUCAGUUCUGUGGCCCUUGGCCGGGCAGAGUUGGCCAGUCGAAGCUCUGGGAGGGAAGGGCAUACAUUGUACCCUAUACCUGCCUUGAGCAUUUUGAGAUUUUUUUCUGUUUAAUGUAUGCAUUAUUCAUGGAUUGAAGAUAUCAGAAUGGCUGAAGAUAAAGAGACAAAGCACGGAGGACACAAGAAUGGAAGGAAAGGAGGACUUUCUGGCAGCUCCUUUUUCACCUGGUUUAUGGUCAUUGCCUUGCUGGGAGUCUGGACAUCAGUAGCUGUCGUUUGGUUUGAUCUUGUUGAUUAUGAGGAAGUUCUAGGAAAGCUAGGAGUCUAUGAUGCUGAUGGUGAUGGAGAUUUUGAUGUGGAUGAUGCCAAAGUUUUAUUAGGCCUUAAAGAGAGAGCUGCUUCAGAGCCGAAGUUCCCACCAGCAGAGGCUGAGCCACACACUGAGCCAGAGGACCAGUUUCCCUUGGGGACAGAACCCCAGGAUACUGAAGAUGAAGUAAAAGAACAAAUUCAGUCCGUUCUUCAUGAAAUGGUACAUACAGAACAUGGAGAAGACCUGCCACAAGAAGAGGAGGGGCCAGCAGGAGAACUACAGCUGGAGGAUGGUGAUUUCCUCACUGCGUCUGAUGUCCGUGAUAGAUUGGAGGUCCUGGAAUCUGAAACAUUUCAUGAAGACACUGAAGAUAGUUAUGUGGAAGAGACAGUUUCACAAGACCAUCACCAGGAUAUGGAAGAGAUAAUGUAUGGCCAAGAAAACUCAGAUUCCAGUGAACCACUAAUCGAUGCUGAAAGGUUGCAGCAAGAAACAGAUGACAUAACAUACCAAGACUACGAUGAACAAGUAUAUGAAUCUUCAGAAAAUAAACCCAUAGAAAUUUCAGAUAAUGCUAUAGAAGAUUCAAACAUAAUUUCAGAAGAAGUAAGUGUUUCCCUUGUGGAUGAACACCAGGAAAUACCACCAGAAACAAAUAGAAAAACAGAUGAUCCAGAACAAAAAGAGAAAGCUAAGAAAAAGAAACCUAAACUUUUAAAUACAUUUGAUAAAACUAUUAAGGCUGAACUUGAUGCUGCAGAAAAACUCCGUAAAAGGGGGAGAAUUGAGGAAGCAGUGAAUGCAUUUGAAGAACUGGUGCGCAAAUACCCUCAGAGUCCACGAGCAAGAUAUGGGAAAGCACAGUGUGAAGAUGAUUUAGCUGAGAAGAGGAGGAGCAAUGAGGUGCUCCGCAAGGCCAUCGAGACCUACCAAGAGGUGGCUAGCCUGCCUGAUGUCCCCAGUGACCUGCUGAAGCUGACUUUGAAGCGGCGGUCAGAACGACAGCAAUUUCUGGGUCACAUUAGAGGUUCCUUGCUUACCCUACAGAGACUGGUUCAACUCUUUCCUAGUGAUACUUCCUUAAAGAAUGACCUUGGUGUGGGAUAUCUCUUGAUGGGAGACAAUGACCACGCCAAGAAGGUAUAUGAAGAGGUUCUGAAUGUGACACCUAAUGAUGGCUUUGCUAAAGUACAUUAUGGCUUCAUCCUGAAGGCGCAGAACAGGAUUGCUGAAAGCAUACCCUAUUUAAAGGAAGGAAUAGAGUCUGGGGAUCCUGGCACUGAUGACGGGAGAUUUUAUUUCCACUUGGGGGAUGCCAUGCAGAGGGUUGGAAACAAAGAGGCAUAUAAGUGGUAUGAGCUCGGCUACAAGAGAGGACAUUUUGCAUCUGUCUGGCAGCGCUCGCUCUACAAUGUGAAUGGACUGAAAGCCCAGCCAUGGUGGACCCCAAGAGAAACGGGGUACACGGAAUUAGUCAAGUCUUUAGAAAGAAACUGGAAGUUAAUCCGUGAUGAAGGCCUUGCAGUGAUGGAUAAAGCCAAUGGUCUUUUCCUGCCUGAAGAUGAAAACCUAAGGGAGAAGGGUGAUUGGAGCCAGUUUACGCUGUGGCAACAAGGAAGAAAAAAUGAAAAUGCCUGUAAAGGAGCUCCUAAAACCUGCGCUUUACUAGAAAAGUUCCCUGAGACAACAGGAUGUCGAAGAGGACAGAUCAAAUAUUCUGUCAUGCACCCUGGAACACAUGUGUGGCCACACACGGGACCUACCAACUGCAGGCUCCGAAUGCACCUGGGUUUGGUGAUACCCAAAAAUGGCUGCAAGAUCCGAUGUGCCAAUGAGACCAAGACAUGGGAAGAAGGCAAGGUGCUCAUCUUUGAUGACUCCUUUGAGCAUGAGGUGUGGCAGGAUUCUUCAUCUUUCCGGCUGAUAUUCAUCGUGGAUGUGUGGCACCCGGAGCUCACACCUCAGCAGAGACGCAGCCUUCCUGCAAUUUAACAGGAAUUCAUGCAGCCUUGGCACAUUCUGACGGAUGCUGCCUUUCUGGUUUACUUUGGAUGUGGAUACAGAAGUUCUAAUAUCAUGGCUUUUAAUUCACUGACUUGCAGCCUGGAAAACUGAGCUUCCUCCUAGAGUUAGACACUAAAUAGAACAUUUUCCUCGCUGCAGUUCCUUUAGAAAAUACCCUACCAUAUCUCAUCCAUGACAGCACUGACUGUGUGCCCAUGUUUAAGGUGGACACUUUGUAGCUUCUGCCUUGCCAGCCAAAGGUAUUUUUACCAUGUAAAGUAGGUCUACAUCAAUGUACAAUGAGAAUAUAUGUAGAAACUGUGAAUGGAUUGCUUUAGUUUGUAAUUUUUCUAUGCAGUUAUAUUUUUCUAGGGUAGUUAAACUAUUUUGGCAUCAUGUACCACUAUUUUUUUAUUGACCACAGUGACAGGCUUUAAUUUCAGCUGUAUAAAUGCUUUACUUUUAGCUAUUCAAUGGUAACUGUUCUGGAGAAUUUAGAUUUCCUCCUUUUAAUUCUCUUUAAUAAAAGAUACUCAUGAAAAAGGCAAUUUUAUUUUCCUCAUACAAAAGAGGAAAAUGCAAUUAUGCCAGUGUCUACUGUCUGUACAGAUCCUUACCCUUUAAUCUGCUUUUUUAUCUUCACUGAGAUCCAGUGUUACCUUCUCUCAUUAUGUAAAUGGUGGAGAUAUUGACAAAAUCUUAUUUCUUUCUAAGAAGGACUUUUUAUACAGAAAAAAAAACCCACAGAAUCAUUUUAUAUUAAUUACGGUAUAAAAUCCCACAUGUAAAUUUUUUAAUGCCAAGUGUUAGGGCUCUGGGAGAACAAUGUAAAUUUAUUGAAGUAAAUUAUCUUUCUGCAUUAGGUACCUAGGUAGUGCAAGGGUACCUGGCUCCUGACAUCUUCGCCAUUGGUGACACAGGGCCUAGGAAUCCAUGGCGUCUUCCUACUGUAUACCCAUAUGAGUGGCAGGAAGAUGGCCCUUUGGUCCUUGAGAUGGUUCUUAUGACAAUUUCCUAAAUAUAAGAAGAGCCGAGUAGACAAUCCAUGGAAUGCUAGGCAUCCUUGUCCUGGGUGUGGGAGGUCAAGAUUGCUUUCUUCUUUUUUAAAGUUUGAAGACUCUUGGCUUGAGAAAUGUCUGCCAGCUGAACAUCAUUUUGAGAAAGUAAUUAAUAUCCAUAUUUAGUUUGAAUAUUACCCACACUGUAACAGUUGAGAGUGGCCUUGUCUUCUCAUUCCCAGGAUGAUCAAGUCAGUAAUUUAGAAAAGUAUUAAUGCAUUUGAUUUUGUAUUUUUAAAAUUAAAGCUAACUACAAGUAUUCACUACCUGAAUGUAGUGGUAUUUAUGCACUGAAUUCUAAGCAUGAAAAAAAGCACUGCAGGAAUGGCACAUAGGUCACCAAAUUUCAUGGACAGAUAGAAAAAUCACUUGUGCAUUCUUUACAAUCUAGUAAAGAGUUUUCACAAUAUUUGCCAUACUCUUAAAAUAUCCUGUUCCUUCUGUUUUGCCAAUGUGUGAAAAUUCCACAAAAAGGAUUCAUGAGACUCAUGGGAGGAAAAAUAACAAAGUGAAUACUAAAAUCCAGAAAAGAAAUCAAACUCUUGAAAAAUAAGAAGAUAUCUGUGUCCUUCAGUAUUUAUUAAACAGGAAAUGACAACAAAGGGCAAUACAAUCCAAUGUUCAUGUAGUAUCAUUCAUGUUACUUAUUGAAUUUGGCUUUCCUAUGUAAAUUUCAUACAGAUAAACAAAUGCAAACCAUAUGUUGUGAUUGUUGAACCAUCUUCUUACAUUCAUUUAAGGAAACUGGAAAAAGAGUGAAAACUAGCUCUUAACUUAGUAAAUAUGAUGUGGUAUUUAACAAUGGUUCACUACAGUAGGAUUCUAAAUAUUGCCAAUUGAAAAGCUGGAAGUAUUAUUGCUGUUGCAAAGGGAGAGCAAUAAUUGAUUCCAACAGCCUUUUAAAUACUUGGAUCCCACACUUAUUUUAAAAACCCAGCCAAUAAAAUGGAUUUUUCUAAAUCAC